AUGAAUAACUUCACAAGCAACAUAUCAUCAUCAUCAUCUGGUGUCAGCACCACUCCUCCUACAACAACAACAGUAUUAGAGUUUUCAGUAUGGGUCACCAAUAUUGACAAUAGAGUUACUGUUGAUGAAAUAUUAAAAUUAUUCAAUUACUGUGGACCUGUUAAAUCUAUCAUAUUCAAAAAAUUAAACCCUGAACACAAAGAUGCACUUAUUAUAUUCUCAGAUAUAGUAUCAUUAGAUACUUCAUUGUUGUUGGAUCAAGCAAUGUUGUCGUCCAAGGCAAUUAGAGUCUCGAAAGAUAUACCCAAAGAAAUGAUUGAUAUAAAUGUCAUUCAUAAAUUGGCUCAACAGCCACUUUCUCCUCACUCGCCUUCACCAUCUUCCUCUUCCUCCUCCUCUCCACCUCAUUUCUCCUCUCAACCAAACAAGCAACAUAAAAAUGGAGAUCUUCAUGAGCAAGAAGAUAACCAGAUGAUGGAAGAAAUUGUAGCAUCUGGUAUAACAAUGGCACAAGUCAAAGACAUUGAUGAGAAAUUCAAGGUCAGUGAUAGAUUAAAACAGUUUGUAAAGAAUUCAUUAUCCUCGUCGUCACCUUCUUCUCCUAUAGUUAACACAAAUCGUGUCCCAUUAGAUUAA